AUGGGUAGUAGUAGAUUAGAAAGUGAUUAUUUGGUAUGUUAUGUUCCAGAAGAUCAGGUUAUUUCUAGAUCAGGUGGAAUAUGCACAGUUGCAUUAUUGGAUCAAUGGUUUUUGGAUUAUGGGAAUGAAGAGUGGAAGAAGAGAACCAGGGAAUGUCUUGGAGAACUGAAAUGCUCUGAAGACACCAGUGCCAAAUUGUAUGGAGCAUUAGAUUGGAUUCAAAAGUGGGGAUUCAGUAGGUCAUUUGGAUUGGGAACUAGAUUCCAUAAGGAUGAAAGUGUGCUAAUUGAUUCAUUAAGUGAUUCAACCAUUUAUAUGGCAUUCUACACGGUGAAGCAUCUACUAUUUGGUGAUCUAGAGGGCAAUGAUGAAAUCUACUGCAAGAAGUAUCUGUGUAACGAACUAUGGGAAUUUGUUUUUGGUGAAAUUGAUCAGGAGAAAUUGAGAAAGAAGUUGGAUGAAUUUGGAGAAGAAGGAGAGAAACAUGUAGAAAUUGCAGUGGAAGCAAGAAGUAGUUUCAGAUACUUCUAUCCAGUUGAUUUGAGAGUAUCUGGAAAAGAUCUGAUCAAUAAUCACCUGAUAUUCUUCCUAAUGAAUCACGUAGCCUGUUUUAAUAGAGAAUAUUGGCCACGACGUAUAUUCACAAAUGGGCAUUUAUUGCUGAACAAUUCCAAAAUGAGCAAAUCAGAAGGGAAUUUCCUGACUGUUGAAAAUGCUCUAAAGAAGUUUGGACCAUCUGCAACUCGAAUGUGUCUGGCUGCAUGUGGUGACACAAAUGAGGAUGCCAACUUCGUAGAGAGUGUUGCUAACUCAUUUGUGCUCAAAUUGUACACUUUGGCUCAGAAUGUGUUGAAUGUCCCUAAAACUGGAUCAAUUGAAACCAGGUUGAUUGAUGCGUAUUUGGUUGAAAGUGUUAAUGAAAAUGAGAAGAGAACAAAUGAGGCGUAUGGGAAUAUGAUUUAUAGGGAUGCAUUGAAGUAUGGUUUCUAUAACAUGAAUGCUAUGAUUGAGACGUAUGAGACCAUGGGUGGAAUGAACUAUAAGAUGAAAGAAUGGGCGUAUUAUAGGAUGAUGAGGAUGUUAUAUCCAAUAAUACCAAGUUAUACAAGAUACCUGAUGGAGGAAAUUGGACAGAAGAUUGAUAUGGGUGAGAAAAGUGAUAUAGGUAAUAUUGAUGGAAUUGAAUAUGUUAAAGAAGUGGUGAGACGAAUUAAUAUGGUAAGAAAGAAGGAUAAGGUAGUGAUUAAGGUAGCAAAUAAAUACAGUGAUUGGAAGGAGGAUUGUAUGAAGAGAAUAAAGGAGAUGAAGGAGAGUGGGAAGAACAAUGAUGAGAUAAAGAAGAGUAUUCUGGAAGAGAGUAGGAAUUACAGUAACAGCAAAAUGAGAAUUGGAUUCAGUAUGGAUUAUUUGAUGAAUAUGAAUAAGUAUCAGGUAACAUUUGAUGAAGUGGAAUACUUGAAUGAAUUCAAAGGAUUCAUUGAGAAGGAGACUAAGAAAGAUAUUCAGAUUGAAGUGGUUGAAAUGGAUGAGAAAGCAUAUCCAAUGAUGCCAUAUAUCUGUUAUUGA